CACUAGUGUCGAAACACGGCAGGAAUUCUACUCUGUAUUUGGAGCGAUAGGAAAAUAAACCAUGGCUCGCUGGAUUCACCUCGCAUUGCUCCUGAUGGCAAGCUCCUGUUUUUCGGACGAUGGACACGAGAUGGAGGAGUUUCUGAAGAGAGAAUACUCUCUGUCCAAACCAUACCAAGGUAUUGGAUCAUCCCAUGCCUCACAUUGGGAGUUGAUGGGAGAUGCCAUAGUAACGCUCGAUCAGGUGCGGCUAACACCGGACAUGCAGAGCAAGCAGGGGGCGGUCUGGAGCCGUUUGCCUUGUCACCUGAAGGACUGGGAGCUCCAAGUCCACUUCAAGAUCCAUGGACACGGAAAGAAGAACCUCAAUGGAGACGGCCUUGCUAUCUGGUUCACCAAAGAGCGAAUGGAGCCAGGCCCGGUGUUUGGCAACAAAGAUAACUUCACCGGACUGGGCGUGUUUGUUGACACCUACCCAAAUGAGGAGAAGUACCUAGAGGCAAAACAGAAGAGGUACACCCCUCGCUCAGAGCGCACUUUCCCCUUUGUGGUAGUGAUGAUAGGGAAUGGCACCAUCAGCUAUGACCACGACAGGGAUGGCCGUCCCACGGAGCUGGGGGGCUGCAACGCCAUGGUGCGCAACCUCAACCAUGACACCUUCCUCUUCAUCAGAUACGUGCGCCGCAGACUCACGGUGAUGAUUGACAUUGAUGGGCAGCAUGAGUGGAGGGACUGUCUGGACAUCGCAGGGGUGCGGCUGCCUCAGGGUUACUACUUUGGGGCCUCGGCCCUCACGGGAGACCUCUCAGACAACCAUGACCUGAUAUCCUUGAAGCUGUAUCAGCUGACGGUGCUUCGGAGCAAACUGGAGGAAGAGCAGGAGGAGGAAGAGAUCAAAGUGCCCAGUGUAGACAACGUGGACCUAAUGAGACCGUAUGAGAGUGAGGAGGGCACGAGUGGGGUGGCCAUCUUCUUCUCGGUGCUCUUCUCCAUGCUGGGCCUCUUCCUGCUGAUCGUGGUGGGCCUGGUGGUCUACAGCCACUGGUCCGAGAGCCGGCGGAAACGCUUCUACUGAGGACGCCGCAAGGGAUGCAUCCUACGCAGACAGGAGGGUUGUGGAUCUGGACUCGACGGAAACAUCCCUUUUAAAUGCAGAGGCGUUACAGACUGAUCCAAACUGCAAAAACAUGUCUAGUUGCUUACAACUGACUAAAGUGACGCAAGACUGAAAGGAAGU